AUGGUUGCAGAGCUCUCUGGCCAUCUUUCGAAAAAAAGACCGAUAGCCAAGUACGGAUUUCCAAGGGUAUAUCCAUUCAAUUCCUUUUUCUAUCCCAAGCUCGUUCUUUCAGGACAUUCGUCUGUAAGAAGAUGGACCAAGAAAGUCGAUCUGUUUUCCGAUUUCGAUUUGAUUCUGAUUCCCAUUAACACAUCAAAUACACACUGGUCACUUGCAAUAGUCGAUUUGCACAAACAGUCUUUGUAUUAUCUUGAUUCUAUGAAUGGGCACCUGAGAGGUACACCUUUACCGGUUUCAUAUCCCUGUAGCUAA